UUUUGAAAAUCAUCUUUCAGAUUCUAAAUUUCCUGUUAACUUUUCUUACUUCAUUUCACUCUACGAAUUUUUGCUGUAAUUGUUUAAAAACACAAGGAGCAGCACAAGAGAAAAUGUUUUGUAGGAAUGACCGAGAUCAGACACACAGAGACAGCAGACUAAUGUGAACAGAUCGGUGCAAAGAGUGUUUUGGUUUGGUGUUUGCGCUCGUGCAGUGAUGUGGAGCUGGACUGAUCUCUAGACAUCAUAAAUGUAAUAAGUUCGUAUUGUUUUAUUUUAGGAUUACUGAUUUCUCCUCACCAAAUCACUCAACUGUAGUAGAAACAUGGAUGUGGUGAGUUUCCGUUUGCCUGCUCAUGGAGACACCGCCCUGAGUAACAUGAACUUCCUGCGGACACAGCAGCACUUCUGUGACGUCACCAUCGUGGCGGGAGGCAGGCGCAUGUUCAGGGGUCACAAGGUCGUGUUGGCUGCUUGCUCUGCGUUUCUCAGGGACCAGUUUCUCCUGAACCCCUCAGCAGAGCUACAGCAGGUGUCGAUGUUGCACAGCUCAGCGGUGGUGUUUGAGCUCCUCCAGUCCUGUUACACAGGGAUGCUGCAGUUCAGUGCCAAAGAGAUCGUGAACUACCUGACUGCAGCCAGCUACCUGCAGAUGGAGCAUGUGGUGGAGAAAUGCAGAGGAGCCCUGAGUCAGUACAUGCAGCCCCGCAGUCGCAGCCCCAUUACUGUGAAAUCAGAAGACCCUCAGUCUAUGCUAGUGAUUGUCAGUGGAAGUACCCAUUCAUUGGGAUCCAUUUCGUCCCCUUCGGAUACGGCGUCACUGCAUCCUCACAGUUCAGGAAAGGAGCUCCAGGCUGCUGAUGCAGAACUCUCCAACAUCUCUCACAAAGAUGACAGAGAUUUGACCAUACGCCAUGUUAAAGGAUCAGAUGCAUCUGGUCAUUUCGAGGGAGAGGACGGGCCUGAGAGUGAUGUCUUUCAGGUGCAGAUCAAUGAUGAACAUCAAGACCCAGAGAAGACCUCUGGUGCUGAGGAGGAAGACAGAGAAGCUGUUGUUAUGUUGGAUGAUCACGGUCAGCUGGACGCAGGUAUAGAGGAGCCCAAUAUGGAAGGGCGAGCCAAAGGUAACGGCAUCAGAGGAGCGGGUCGCAUGUGGAGACGACGGCACGGAGAGCAAAGGGGAGGCAGAGGAAGAGGCUUCAAACACAGGAAGCGGUACACUUUCAAAGAUCGCAAGCUCAUGGGUAACUAUCAGGAGGCUUGGCGGUUCCCAACCCCUGAUGAGAUAAUGGGCAAUUUUGGAGCAGACUUUGGGGCUGAUUACCUGUCCAAUCAGCAUCUCACAGACGGUACCGUCAGCAUUGAGUACAGGCCUGGAGAGGGACACGGAGAAGAGAUUGGCUCUGAUGGAGGUCCUGCACACUUUGGUGUGGAAGCUUCCAGCGGGGAACAGGGAAUGGGAGUCGGGACACAUACAAAUGAACAUGGAGCUGCUGACGAGUCUGUGGCAGUGGUGGGAUCCACAUCCUGCGUAGCUGGACCAGUGGUGUGUGAGCAGUGCGGAUUAGCAUUUUCCUCAACUCAGGAUUUAGCCAUGCAUUCCCUGUCAACACACCGGCUGUACGUGUGUCCAUGCUGCGGGAAGCACUUCAGCCACUCCAGUAACCUCAAUCGCCACAUGAUCGUCCACCGUGGAGUAUCCAAGCUCCACUGCUGCCCCCUGUGCCACAAGACCUUCACUCAAAAGUCAACACUGUGCGACCACAUGAACCUGCACAGUGGAGAGCGCCCACAUGUGUGCGCGUACUGCCACGUCAGCUUUGCCCACAAGCCUGCUCUACGCCGUCACCUGAAGGAGCAACACGGAAGAACCACGGCCCAAAAUUAUCUGGAAAUGCAGCGAAACAAUGAGAGUGGUGCUGGGGACGGUGUUUAGAUCACAUUUUAAUUGGGUUAAUGAAAUCAGAAUUAACACUAUUUACUUUCUUAAUACACAUUUCUAGGUUUAUUGUGCACAAUUUAUCAGUGCACAUUAGGUAAAAAUGUAUGUCUUUGUAAUCAGUAUGUAAUAACUGUAUUGUUGCUUCAAAAUGAUUCAGAAUUGUCAAUGUGCGGGCCGAACACUGCCAAAGCAUUUGAGCCUGGAGAGAAUGAAUGGCUUCAUACUCUCACAGCAACAGUUCAUCCAAUAUUAAAUUUUUUUUAUAAUUUG